AAUUGCGCCCGCCUCGGAGUGUGAACUGCUGACAUUUAUCUGUUCCUCACCACACAAAUGCACAGAGUUCAUCAUCAACGCACUUCAAAGCUAGCUAUUGCAGGAACAAGCAAUGCUGGUUGAACUGCUGCUUUUCUCAUCAGUGCUGUUGAGCUGCAUUUGCAAUGGCAAUGCUGGUGUGACUAGUGCUUUUGUGCGUAAUGAGUGGCCAUCAGUUGAUGUCGCUUUAGACGAUCAAGCUAUUGCAGUGCCUGAAGGUUACAAUGCACCUCAACAGGUUCACAUCACACAGGGCGAUUAUGAUGGGAAGGCUGUGAUCGUUUCAUGGAUUACAGCUGAUGAGCCAGGCUCUAACAAAGUUCGGUAUGGCUUAUCAGAUGGAAAAUAUCAUUUUACUGCAGAGGGAGUUAUGCAAAAGUAUACCUUCUACAACUAUACAUCUGGAUAUAUUCAUCACUGCCUACUUGAUGAUCUUCAGUAUGACGCCAAGUAUUACUAUGAGGUCGAAGCUGGUAAUUCUUCUAGAAGAUUUUGGUUCCGAACACCACCACCAAUUGAUCUAGAUGCUCCUUACAGAUUUGGAAUAAUUGGUGAUCUUGGGCAGACAUACAAUUCUCUUUCAACCCUCGAGCAUAGCCUCCAGCUUGAUGCAGAGACUAUCUUAUAUGUUGGAGAUCUUUCCUAUGCUGAUAGGUACAAAUAUCAUGAUGUUGGUGUCCGCUGGGAUUCUUGGGGCCGUUUAGCUGAACGUAGUGCAGCAUAUCAGCCAUGGAUCUGGGUAGCUGGAAACCACGAAAUAGAGUACUUCCCUUACAUGGGGGAGGUUAUUCCUUUCAGAAAUUAUGUUUACAGAUACCCUACUCCUCAUCAUACUAGUGGAAGCAGUAAUCCCCUCUGGUAUGCAGUGAGACGGGCGUCUGCUCAUAUUAUCGUCCUGUCCACCUAUUCUCCAUUCGUAAAAUACACACCUCAAUGGUUAUGGCUAAAAGAAGAGUUCGAAAGGGUCGACAGGGUGAAGACUCCAUGGCUCAUAGUUUUGAUGCACGCCCCAAUGUACAAUAGCUAUAACUCUCAUUUCAUGGAGGGAGAAGGCAUGAGAGUUGUGUUCGAGAGCUGGUUUUGCCAAUACAAAGUUGAUGUCGUCUUUGCUGGCCACGUCCACGCUUAUGAGAGAUCGUACCGCGUCUCAAACAUAAAAUACAACGUUUCAAGUGGCACUUCGUAUGCUGCACCGGACAAAUCAGCUCCCGUUUACAUCACUGUUGGUGAUGGUGGAAACAAAGGGGGUCUUGCUACGAGCUUCAAGUAUCCCCAGCCAAAUUACUGCGCGUUUCGCGAAGCCAGCUACGGACAUUCUACGUUGGAGAUUAAAAACAGAACGCACGCGCUUUACCAUUGGAAUCGGAAUGAUGAUGGGAAACGAGUUCCAACCGAUCAAAUGGUGCUGCACAACCAGUACUGGUGUUGCAGGAGAUCAAAUGGUCGCAGAAGGACAAAGAGGAAAAUCAAUCUAUAUUCUAAUUAAGCCUGGAUUUUUCAUUUUAUCAAUCGAAAUAAUCAAUUGACACCCUUUUGAUUCGAAUAUUUAUUUAUGAGUAGUUUGGUACUGAUAAUAUUUGUGGCCGGAUCAAAGUUGCAACUUGUAGCAGUACAAAAUUGCACAUACAAUUAUCGUAUACAAAUUGAUUAUGAGCCCCUUUCUUAUCGAAA